AAAUGCUCAGUCCCGGUCGGAAUGAGAUUAGAAACGGAAGCGGGAAAUCAGCACAGACCUUUUUUCCCCUGUUUGUUUUCUUACUGUAAUAAAAACAAAGAUGUCAGUUGCACUUUUCAGCCUGUUGAUGUUGGUAUUGACUCCAUUUAUGGCUAACGCCAGACCGGCAGAGUCGACUGAAUCAAUUGACUCCAGAGAUCCCCGUCAGAUAUUGAUGAUGGUCCCUCAGAGAUCUAAUUCGUGGGUUCAACCAAAUUACAAUGAUUAUUACGCUGGAUUCCGUCACAACAAUUACGGAUACAACCCCUUCCGUCUUGCGGUUGGGCAGCCAGUCAACGAAGUUGAAUCACGAAUUGGAUUCGCUCUGCUUCUCCUUUUGUUGAACGGACUUGACGAUCGAUACGCGUCGACUCAGCAGCCGAUGCCAAAUCCUCCAAUGGCGAAUUUCCCAUUUCCAGUGUGGCCACCAGUGAAUCGACCCCGUCAUCAAUAAAAAGACUAAAACGAAAGCUUCCCGCUGAUGUCUUCUCCUGUCGGCUGUGAACGAUAACUGGCUGCUAAACGGAAUUUAUUUUUAAAAAAUACCCAAAUCGCCAUAUUUUAUUGAUUACGUAACUCACUCCUAUUAGCGGGCCAUGUAAAGUGGUUUUUUGGCUUUAUUUCGGCCCUUAAAAUUUCCCAUUAUCGUGAUGGUGUGUCAAUACAAACGUGGAUUUCCCA